AAAGGAGGGAAGAAAAGCUUAUCUUUUUAUAUUACAGACCCAUACUAAGUUAUUGCUUCAUUAAGAACCGCACAAGGAAAUAUUCUCAGCAGGACUCUAAGCAGUUUGCCCCAAGGUUGAUGAGCACGCUGCUGGACAAACGGAGGUAAACGGAGUCAAAGUGGAAGCAAACCGGACCAGAAGAAGCUCGCGGAUCUGACCAAACGCUGGGAAAAUGUCUGUACACCACAGAGUUGUUCAUAAGAGGAGGGAGACCAUCACAUGUCUGCCUCUCUACUACUCUGGACACCUGCUGAAGAAGCUUUCCAAAGAGAGGGAUUUCGAGCGGUACUACGGAGAGCUCCGUGGAGCUACGCUGUUUCUGUACAAAGAUGACACACAGGACACUUACACUGAGAUGCUGGACCUGGAGCAGCUCAAGUCCAUGGAGUUGGAUACUCCGUACCAACAGAAGACACCAACCAUCUUCACUCUCAUCCUGCCCACGGAGGAGGUGCAGCUAAAGAUGGACGAUGCUGACACAGGAGAGGAGUGGAGGGGUUACAUCCUGACUGUGGUCAGGAAGGAGAUUCCCGCUAAGCUGCAGCUGUUGCCGGGCCAGAUGUGUCUGCUGCAGGACAUUCUGGCUCAGGAGAGAAAAAGAAAUUCCGCUUCAGGUGGCGUCUCCUCCACGGCCAACACAGACAAGCCAGCGUUUGAGAUGCCAGAAUGUUUCUUUGACGUGACCCGACAGGAGGCUGAGCAGAUGCUGGAGGCGAACCCCGAGUAUGGAGGCAUCAUCCUGCGCCCAUCCGCCAUAGCCAACAGCUACGCGCUGACCCUCAGGCAGCCGACACCCAGGGGGGCUGUCAUGAAGAACUACAGAGUGGCCGCCACAAAGUCAGGGUUCGUCAUUGAACUGGAGAAGCCAGUGACAAUCUCUACCUUGAAUGAUGCGGUUAAAUACUUCGUGGAAAAAAAUGAGAACAUUCUCCGCCCCUACAUGUUGUCUCAGCUCUAUGACACUCGCAUCGAGGUCACCCCUACCCCACCGAGUGUCAGCAUCAACUCACCUGCAGAUAGAAUAAGACUACCCAGGGCACAAGUGGCUCCUGCGCUGCUGCCGCAGCCCAAACCGCAGGUCCUGCCCCGUCCAGACACGCCUGGUGACGAUGAAUAAUUGGAUCCUGAUGAUCAGAACCUGAAACUAGUAACAUGGCUAGGAUUCCUGUGGACCUUGUCCUUCAAAUGAUCCAGGACGGACAGGACGAAGAGCCCAUCGGAGGCAUUGACUCAGAAUCUGACAUCUUAGAUGUAGAGGACCCAGACUAUUGUCCCCCCACUGUACAAGGCCAAUCAGACACAGAGGAGUCCUCUGAAGAGGAAAUGGAUAUUGUGUUCAACAGAAUGAGCCGCAAGGGCUCUUACUGGGCAGAGUUACCUCCAAGCCAGGCUGAAACACCAAGCCACAAUAUUCUAAGUAGUCGGCCAGGGCCCGCACCUGGGUUUAGUACUGUCUCCCCGGUAGAUGCAUGGAAGCUGUUCAUAUCUGAUAAUAGGGUUAGGGUUAGACAGCUUUAGUCAGUGUUAUGAUCUCCGGACUAGUUCAAUGUUCUCUGUUCGUCCUCCGGACAUAGGGACACACAAACAUGUUUUAAUGUUUUAACUGAUUGAUUGAUUGUUAAGUGCUAAAAUGUGAAUGAAAAGUAAAAAAUGUGCAUGUCAAAAA